CACAGUCAUUAUAAGAAGAAAAAUAGAUAUGCUAGUUGUUGUUAUCUAUAUAUAAGAAAAAGAAAACAAAGAAGCAUUAAAGCAAAAAUGGUUUCAUCUUCAUCUUCUACUUCUUCUUCUUCUGAAGUAAAGAUUAUCACAGAAUGCUUCAUCAAACCCAAAACCCACCCUGAAAAAUCAAAUGAGCCAUACCAUUUAUCACCACUUGAUCAUCUCAUGCUCUCAUUCCAAUACAUCCAAAAGGGUCUUCUCUUUCUGAAACCAUCUGAUGAUGCAACCAACCCAAAGGACUUCAUGGAGACUUUGCUGCAAAGGCUUAAAGACUCUCUAGCAACAACACUCGUCCACUUCUACCCUCUCGCAGGUCGUCUCUCCACCUUGAAAACAGACAUUCCAAGAUCUUACUCGGUGUUUGUGGACUCUGACAACAGUCCCGGAGCUGGAUUCAUCCAUGCCAAGACAGAUCUAAGCGUAUCAGACAUUGUAGGGUCCUCACACGUUCCUUUGGUCGUUCAGUCUUUCUUUGACCAUCACAAAGCAGUUGGUCUCGAUGGUCAGAACAUGAGUCUCGUAUCGGUCAAGGUAACAGAGCUGGUGGACGGAGUGUUCAUAGGAUUGUCUAUGAAUCAUUCAGUUGGAGAUGGCAAUACUUUCUGGAACUUCUUCAACUCUUGGUCCGAGAUCUUCAACUCACAAGAAGAAGAUGACGUUUGUCUCAAGAAUCCUCAGAUCUUUCGUGAAGCGUCUGGUCCUAUCUGCAGGCUUCCUUACAGCCCGCUUGACGAGUCUAUUAAUCGAUCCGAAUCUCCGGUUUUGAAAGAGAGAAUGUUCCAUUUCUCAUCAGAAGCAGUGAGUUCACUCAAAUCAAAGGCCAAUCAAGACUGCAGAACAACAACGACAAUGAUGAUCUCUUCUCUGCAGUCACUAACCGCAUUUAUAUGGAGAAGCAUUACAAGAGCAAGGAGCUUAUCAAACGAUCAAGAAACCACUUGCAGGUUUGCAGUAGGAACUAGAACAAGAUUGAAUCCACCGUUGCCUACGAAUCACUUCGGAGUUUACACAUCUCUCGCAAGCACCACUGCCAAAACUGGUGAAGUAUUGGAGAAUGUGUUAGGAUGGGCUGCUUCGAAGCUGCAUCAAGCUGUAACAGAAAAAAGCGAGAAUAUCAGUUCCGAGCUCGAACAGUGGUUGAAGGCUCCUUUUUUUGUGCAGCCGGAUAAGUUUUCUGAACCGAACCUAAUUCACAUGGGAAGCUCGCCGAGGUUUGACAAGUACGGGAGCGAGUUUGGGAUGGGGAAAGCUGUUGCGGUUAGGAGCGGUUAUAACAGUAAGCAUGACGGGAAGGUGUCAGCUUACCCUGGGAGAGAAGGAGGUGGAAGCAUUGUUUUGGAGGUCUGUCUUUUGCCAGAGUUUAUGGAAGCUUUGGAAUCAGAUCAAGAGUUCAUGUCACUCGUCUCUGAUUCUUGAUCCUAUUCAUAUUUCUCAGACAACAGAAACUAAGGUUUCUUUGUUUGAUAAGGUUGUUGUUGUUGUUGUUGUUGUUGUUGUCUGAUUUUGAUUUAUUAAUUGUCAAGAUGGAUACUGCAGUUGUUGGAGACAAAUGUUUCAAUUUUUUAUUAAGAUCAGAGUUGAAGUC